AUGUUACGUUUAUCAGACAUAUUGGGCCAGGAUGACUAUGUAUCCAAAGAAGGAUGUCUGAAACAGAACCAAUACGAUAAGUCAAGUGUAAAAUUGAUAACAUACAAGUGCGGAAAACCGAUCACAUUGAAAAAGCUCUGUCUAGACGUACUGGACAUUUUUAAGAAUUCGGAUAUGUUGGAUAUAUCAAAUCUUGGGAUUGAAGCUGUUUUUGCGUCAUCUCUGCAGUUCAAAUCACAAAUUAAAAAACUAAGAGCUUCGCACAACAAUUUUACUCAGAUUCCGGCCAAACUUUUGGAUCAUAUGCCACUACUAACUGAAAUUGAUUAUAGUUUCAAUCAAAUUCAUUACGUAAGUUUUAACCGAUUCACAGAAUCCAAUCACAUUUUGUCGGUGAACUUUUCAAAUAAUCACAUUAAGCGUUUAUAUUGGCGGUCGUUUGGAAAAUUACAACAACUUGAGACAUUGGAUUUAAGCCACAAUCACCUCAGAGAUUUUAGUGAUGCUGUGUUUUCAGGCAAAGAAGAUUUAAAAUUGUUGUACUUGAAUAAUAAUCCGUUAGAUAGAUUUGUCGUAGUUUUUUCACUUCACACUUUGCAAACUUUAGAUCUGAGCAAUUCGCAUAUUGAAACGAUUAAGUUUGGAAAAAAUCAUAAAUUGAUAGAAUUGAACCUGGGCAAUAGUUCAUUGAAGAGUCUAAGUCCCGCAUUGAUUUCAUCACUGAAGAUGUUGGAAAAAUUAGAUCUGAGCAACAAUAACAUCGAAGAAAUUGCUGAUCACUGUUUUGUAAACAAUCCAAAUAUGAAAGAGUUAAACUUGGAAGGUUCUUUACUGAAUAAAUUCAAUUUCAAUACAUUUUCAACAAAAGCGAAAUUGGUUGAAGUGCAUCUGCCAUCGGAAAGCAUUCAAGAGUUGGAUAUAAGUUGUGUGAAGUCAAUUUGUCACUUUAAACAGUUUGACGAUGAUGAUUUUUUCGAAAAUAUUCGCUUCUUCAAUGUUUCGGGAAAUCGACACCAAAACAUAGCGAAAUUAUUAGAAAAAAUCGGACCGAACGUUGAAACCCUAGAUUUAUCAUGGACAUCUAUUAAAACAUUGAACUUCAGAAUGCUGAAAUCAUUUACCAACUUGCGACAUCUUAAUUUGAGCAAUUCGCAGAUAUCAAAAAUUGAAGAUGAUGCGUUUAUCAGACCUUUUAAUCUGACAUCACUCGAUCUUUCCAAUAAUUUGUUAGAAGAAAUUGACUCCGUGAAGAUGGAUCUUGCUUCUCUACAAACACUGAAUUUAGUCGGCAACAAACUAACCAAACUUGGCAUGGUCAAUUCAGACAAUUUACCGAACCUCAAGUUACUUAAAAUUGCAGAGAAUCCUUUCGAUUCCACAUAUUUGUACGAUACUAUGAACGAAUGGGUAAAGAAUGGUCUAAGGAUUGAUGUAGAACUUACUGAACCUACAACAACUGCUGACUCAACUUCCCAAUCUGAAGAUGAACCAUGGUACAAAACUCCACAUUUUAUAUCUGGAUUAGUAGUAGUAUUGAUUGUAAUAUUUGCAAUCGGCAUUUUAUGCUCUUUGACUGUCUGUCGUCGCCGAAAACAAAGUGCAAAAUCUGGAUUGGCCAAUUUUGUAUCUGGUGAUAUAAAUAGAAUGAAACCCGAAUUGGCAUUGGAUGCACAGGCUGAUCUGCUGCCCUACGACAGGAAAUAUGAAUUUCCUCGCAAUAAGCUCAUACUUGGUAAAGAACUUGGCGCCGGAGCUUUUGGUAUUGUGCGGAAGGCAACGGCACAGGGAAUCAUGGCUAACGAGGAAGAGACACAAGUUGCAGUGAAAAUGGUUAAGAAUAUUUCCAGCAAUGAGGUGAUGCGAGCAUUGAUAUCAGAACUGAAGAUCAUGGUCCAUUUGGGUCAACAUUUGAAUGUCGUCAACUUACUCGGCUCUGUCACGCAAGAUAUUGCAAAAUUCGAACUAAUGGUCAUCGUUGAAUACUGUCCAUUUGGAAAUCUCAAGAGCUAUUUGGCGAAAAAUCGUCGUAAUUUUAUCGAUCAAAUUGUGCCCGGGACGGAUGAAAUUGAUUUUAAAAUUGGCGUCGAAGGCCAGUUUUCAAACAAUCAAUCACAACCAACUACUGCAGCAAGUAGAUGUAUGGUAAUGAUAGAUGAAUUAGCAGAGUCUUCGCAGCGUUCAAUUACAACAGAAGAUUUACUCAUCUGGUCGUUCCAAAUUUCGCGUGGAAUGGAUUAUUUGGCCUCUCGAAGAGUGUUACAUGGAGAUCUGGCAGCGCGAAACAUUCUGCUGAGUGAGGACAACGUGGUGAAGAUUUGUGACUUUGGCUUGGCUCGAUCAUUGAACAGGGAUCAAAAUUAUCACUAUAACAUGAAGACCAAGUGUUGCUUGCCAUUCAAAUGGCUCGCUUUGGAGACGCUAAACGAUCAGGUGUUUAGUACACAUUCAGACGUUUGGUCGUUUGGAAUCACUUUGUGGGAGCUAUUUUCGCUCGGUGCGACACCUUAUUCAGGAGUUGAAUUUGAGGACUUGAAGUGCCGACUGAAUGAUGGUUAUCGAUUGGAGAAAGCCGAAUUUGUUACUCAAAGGAUACACUAUAUUAUGUUGUCUUGUUGGUGCGUUGAUCCCGAGAAACGUCCAAAAUUCAGUGAUCUGGAGACAAGUAUUUCCAAAAUAAUCGAAGAAACCAAGUCGGAAUAUUAUAUCGAGUUGAAUGAGCCAUACCUAGAGGCAAAUGCAAAUCGAUUCAACUCUGGCGAAACUGACUAUUUGGCCAUACUAGGAUCGCCUGAUUCUCAAGCACCUUCUGUGCCACUAAAUUUAAUGGAGAAAGAUCACUUUUCAUUCUUGACCAAACGGCCAGGUGGAACAUCAAUAGCAACAAAUGGACUUCAUGUUGCUAGCGACGCACUGUCAUCGAGUAAAAGAGUUCCUAAUACUUCAAUUGACCUCAAAACAUUUAAGACGAAUAAUUUAGAUAAAUUUUGA